GAUCUUCCCGAAGACACCGAAGAGGAAGAUUAUCAUCCAUCUAACGAACAAGAAGAUGAAGAAUUUGAUGAAGACGAAAUUGAAGACGAUGAUAUAUCAGAAGCUGAUGAGGAAAUAGACCCAUCUCAGCGUCCUUCCACUAGUGCAGAAGUUGACCUAGAUGACGAAGCUGAGGACGCAUCGGAAUCAAAUCAAACUUACAAAAGAGGAGUAGCUGAAGAAGAUGAUAAAUCGAUACAAAAUAAGAAACGACGAGUUUAA